CAAUCAGAGUUCCAGUCUCGUCAAGCCUCCGGAGCGCUCACAUGCUAACAUGCUAACCCGGGCACAUUUAUCGGGUAAAGGGGGAUAAACAAAACAACAGAAACUAUGGGAACAAAGCCGCAAAGAGCGAGAAGCAACCACAGCGACUGACGGGAAACCGAGGAGAAGGUUUUUAAACUUUUUCAACACUCCGCGUCCUGCUCGCUGCUAGCCCCACCAACGGCGAACGUCGGCUAGCAGUUUGAAAAGUUUCAAAAGCCGACCAGGAAUUAGACGGUAGCCAUCGUUGGAGUUCUUAGCAGAAGCUGAGCAGCUGCAGGAAUUAGACAGAGCCAGGACGGUGGAGGGUGUGAACUGUGAAGCACUCCCCGGUCCUGUCUGCCCUGUUCGGGAUGGCUGAGGAGGGCGAGCCGCAGGGAGCGGCAGAGUUUAUAAAAGACCGUCUGUACUUCGCCACGUUACGCAGCAAACCCAAAAGCACCGCCAACACCCACUACUUCUGCACCGACGACGAGUUCAUCUACGAAAACUUCUACGCAGACUUUGGUCCUCUGAACCUGGCCAUGCUGUACCGAUACUGCUGCAAGCUCAACAAGAAGCUAAAGUCGUUCACGCUGACCAGGAAGCGGAUCGUCCACUACACCAGCUUCGACCAGAGGAAGAGAUCCAACGCCGCGGUGCUGAUCGGAGGCUACGCCGUGAUUUACCUGAAGAAAACUCCAGAGGAAGCCUACAGAGCUCUGAUAUCCGGCUCCAACGCCUCCUACCUGCCCUUCAGGGACGCCUCCUUUGGGAAUUGCACCUUCAACCUCACCGUGCUGGACUGUCUGCAGGGAAUCAGGAAGGCUUUGCAGCACGGCUUCUUUGACUUUGAGACAUUCGACGUGGAGGAAUACGAACACUACGAGCGUGUGGAGAACGGAGACCUGAACUGGAUCGUCCCCGGGAAGUUUCUGGCCUUCAGCGGACCUCACCCUAAGUCUAAGAUAGAAAACGGUUACCCGCUGCACGCGCCCGAGGCCUACUUCCCCUACUUCAGGAAGCAAAACGUCACCACCAUCGUCCGCCUGAACAAGAAGAUCUACGACGGCAGGCGCUUCACCAACGCCGGCUUCGACCACUACGACCUCUUCUUCGUAGACGGCAGCACUCCCGCUGACGUCAUCGUUCAGCGCUUCCUGCACGUCUGCGAGGCGGCGCGAGGAGCCGUGGCCGUCCACUGCAAGGCUGGUCUGGGCAGAACGGGCACUCUGAUUGGCUGCUACCUGAUGAAACACUACCGCUUCACUGCCGCCGAGGCCAUCGCCUGGAUCCGGAUCUGCAGGCCGGGUUCUGUGAUCGGACCGCAGCAGAACUUCCUGGAAGAGAAGCAGGCGGCUCUGUGGUCUCAAAGCGUCGGCUCGCACCUCCAGAAGGGAAAGACGGAGGACAAGACGGCGCGCCUCAUCACCGGCAUGGACGGGCUGUCGUUAAGCUCCGCCCACAACAGCAACGUGACCCGAUCGCCGAGCUCCGACCAUCUACAGGAGGGCGACCUUACCGACGGCUCCGGUCUGACCCAGGGGGACAAACUGCGAGCCCUGAAGAGCCGGCGCCAUCCUCGGCCCGCGCUGACCGGAGGUGUGAGAUUCGAGGAGCAGAAGGUUCACAGCCGCUCGAGCUCUCAGCCGCUCAGGUCAUCGAUGGGAGGCGGUCAGAGCUACGCCUCCGUCCUCAAGCCCUCCAAGUUCCCAGCAUCCUCCUCUUCUUCUUCUUCUUCUUCUCCUGCAGCCAAAAGGAUCGGGAGGAACUCGUUAUCGCCGAUGUCAAACAUCCGAAGUCUCUUCAGUCGGAGUACAUCCAGUACUAAAACCGAAGGUUCUACCUGACGGUCCGACACCCCCCCCCCCCCCUCCCCCCCAUCACCACCUGAAUGCUCGGGCUUUUAAAGGGAAACAGAAUAAAUCAGCGAGAGCUCGUCUCUCUGGACUGAACCGCUUCACUGCUCAGGCUGUAUGUAAAUGUGAUGUAAUCUACACGCGUGUUUGGCUGAACAUGUAUGUACACCAGAGACGGAUUUUAUAUUUGCUAUUCGUUAUAGAAGAAGACGUAUAUUUUUGUUCUAACAAAGUAUUUUUGAGGGUUUUUUCCCCCCCUUUUUCUUUUUUGAUAAACGGGACGGUCAGCUGAUCGUUACAGUAUUUACGUCCGAUCCGUUCGGGUCAGCGCCGGAUUGUCUUGCUGCUGCCACUGAUCAGCAAUAACGAUGAAGAUGGACCAGGUUAGCCUGUCAGCAGCUACAGCCGGGGGGGCUUGAAGGAGACUUCAGAGUGGGCGCCUUUUAAAGAAGCUUUAAAGUUCAGGUUUUAACUGUAAAAAUAAAAAGCAGCUUUAACGUAACGGACUGAAGAUAACGAUGGAUCACCAAGUACACACACAGUUCUCAUUCUCAGGUUGGAAAUUAUGACACCAGCACAGAACGAAGGAAUGUUUUUAUCUUUUUUUUUAUUUUUAUUUUAAGACCUCCAACAUACCUGGGGGGAAAAAAAUAAAAUAAAAUGGGCAAUAAACUAUUUUUUUGAACAGCUGAUCGUUGCCUUGAAGACUUGGAGACAUGGGAGGAUUCGUUCAAGUGUUAUUUUUACUGUCGGACUGAAAGAUUUUAUCAGAAUAAACCCGCCGCUGCCUUUAGGGGGCGCUGUAGAGCACUCUGCACAUGUAAUGCUUCAUCACACGACUGUUAUAUUUAAUUAUCUUCGUUUAUUCUCUGUUUACUAAACAAACUGUCGUAGAAAAUUAAACUUAUGUUGUGCUCUUGGAACGCCGAACAGACCCAGAAUGGCCCAUUUUUUCCCCCUCCCGUUUCUCUGACAAAGAAGUGCUGCUUAGAAAGAAUAACUUUAUUUAAAGGCGCCUUUAAAAACUUCCAAGGUCACCUUCCAUAAUGAACAACACAGAGAAGCAUCACGAUUAAAACGUGACCAAAGCUGCUGGGAUCGUCACCAGCAUCUGAUCGGCUGGACUUGAUCCGCCACCGCGGGGGAAGUUCUGAGUCUUCGGACCUGAACUACGAGGAGUUUGAAGGGAUGGAAGAUGUGGAACUGAUGGAUUCAUCGGCUGGUUUCUACCUUUAGGACUCGAUUUCUACCACGACACAGACCGUCGAUUAAAGGGAAACCUCGGUUCCUCUCCUGCACACAACAAUCAGGCUCAGAGUGCCUUCAACACCUCAUCCUGUUCGAAGGAAAGGCUUUUAUUUUGGCGGUCCCCAACAUGAAGAUGUUUGAAUGAAGUUAUGUUGUUUUAAAUCUGUAUUUAUGUCACUGAGACUUUAAAGGGAAGUCAGAAAAUAAUGUCUCUGUUUUUUUUUGUUUUUUUU